ACGCAGAUUUGAAUCCAGACCUCGAGGUAACACAAGAAGUCGGUAGAGCUAGCGAAAAUGGUUACACAAGCUCACAGACCAAAGAUCAGCUUCAAUCUUAAACCUCUUAUAUUGCUUCUUUGCAUGGGAGUAGCCAUGAAUGUCAAGGCCGCACAAAGACGUCUUCCUGUUGAUGAAGUUAAAGCCCUUAAAGAAAUAGCCGCAGAGCUGGGGAAGAAGGGCUGGAAUUUCCAUGUAGACCCAUGCAGCAAUGAUCCCAGUUGGGAAACACCAACGCUGAAAUUGGGUCCAAAAACGUACAACAAUUCAAUACUAUGCAAUUGUACAUACCCUGAUGGUGAAUGCCACGUGGUCGGACUAUUUCUUACCGGGCAGGAUCUUUCUGGUGUGCUUCCAACAUCCCUUGUGAAGCUGCCUCACAUAACGAAGCUUGAGUUGCAUCGAAACUAUCUGACUGGUACAAUUCCAUCCGCAUGGACUUCUCUAAAGUUGGAACGUCUGUCCACUGCUGUAAACAAGUUAUCGGGAAGAAUUCCGAGCUACCUGGGAAAAAUUACCACUCUUAGAUUUUUGAGCAUAGAGAACAAUAGGUUUUCUGGAACUGUUCCCCCUGAGCUUGGAAAGUUGGUUAACUUGGAGAAUCUUAUUCUCAAUGCUAACUUCCUCACUGGAGAGUUGCCAGUCAAUCUAACUUAUCUCACAAACUUAACUGAACUAGAUCUGAGCUUCAAUAGAUUGGAAGGAAAUGUUCCAAAGUUUGACGAUAGUGCAAAGUUGCAGCGCCUGUAUCUGACAAGCAACUUACUCAACGGGACAGUUCCGGACUGGAUCAAACGAAGAGAUAAUCACUAUGAUCUAGAUCUUUCUUACAAUAACUUCUUAGAGAGUUCUAUGUCACCAACUAAUUGUCGAGACACACUAAAUGUAUUUGAAAGCUUCUCUAGACGGGACUCAUCAGCUGGCCAGUGCUCGAAGAACCUUCCUUGUUCAAAAGACUGGAAUUCAGUGCAUAUAAAUUGCGGUGGAAACGAAUUCAGUAUUGGAAACAUUAAAUACGAAGCAGAUCUUGAUGCAUCAGGUGCCGCAAAAUUUAAUCCCACCACAGAGAAUUGGGGAUUCAGUUCCACUGGAAAUUUCUGGGAUGCUAACAGCAGCUCGAAUGAUUACAUAGCAAAUAAUGCGUCAGUACUAAGAAUGAACAGCCACGAAUUAUACACAAGCGCACGCCUCUCUCCUCUUUCUCUCACAUAUUAUGCGCGUUGCUUGGCAAAUGGAAAUUAUACCAUCACACUACACUUUGCAGAGAUAAUAAUAAGAGGAAACAGAUCUUUUUACAGUCUUGGAAGACGUAUAUUUGAUGUUUAUAUACAGGAUAAACUGGAGUUGAAGGAUUUUGAUAUCGAAAAUACUACAGGAGGGGUCGACAAAGCUUUAGUUAAGAAAGUUAAAGCAGUUGUGAGUAACAAAGUCUUACAUAUCCGCUUUCAUUGGGCUGGCAAAGGGACAACAAAUGCCCCAACAAGAGGAACAUAUGGUCCUCUCAUAUCGGCUAUCUCUAUAGAAAAUGAUAAUCCCCCUGAUAAUGUCAAAACCACAAUAUUCAUUGUGACUGGAGCUUUAGUGUUGGCGCUAUUACUCAUUUUAGGCAUUCUUUGGUGGAAAGGCUGCAUAGGAAGCAGGAUAUCGAGGGAAAAAGAUUUGAGAGGAUUAGAUCUGCAAACAGGUUUUUUCACUUACAGGCAAAUCAAAGCUGCCACAAACAACUUUGAUGCUUCAAACAAGAUUGGGGAAGGUGGUUUUGGAUCUGUAUACAAGGUAUUCAAAAACUUAAUUCUUCAUGCAUAA